AGAUUUUUGUGUCCUUAAUAUAUAUUUAUACAUAUAUAAAACCUACUACAAAACAAACCAUAACAUAACACUUUCAAUCACACCCUCACUCCCAUCUCUUCUCCCCGUAGUCCCUUCUCCCCUCCACCAAACACACAAACACACUGUGAGAGCAUAGUAUUACUUCAUGCAUUGACAUUUGACAAACAGACACACAUAGUUGAAGAAAGUAGUUGAGAGAUGGGGAGGUCAGAUUCAUUUCUGAGGCAGCUGAGCAGCAAGGAAGGGUGGAAAUCAGCAUCAAAGAGAUGGGGUGGUGGAGGGGGGUGGGGGAAGGGGAUGGAGGGUAUGUAUGGGGGUGAGAUGAUGAUGAAGAAGAGAGUGAUGGUGGUGGUGGAUCAGUCCUCACACUCAAAGCAUGCAAUGAUGUGGGCUCUCACUCAUGUCACUAACAAGUCUGAUAUUCUCACUCUUCUCCACAUUGUUUCUUCCUCUUCUGACACUGCUUCCUCUUCCUACCUUGCUUCCUCCCUUGCCUCCCUUUGCAAGGCUUGCAAGCCUGAGGUAGAAGUAGAAGCACUAGCCAUUCAAGGACCAAAGAUGGACACAGUGAUGAGCCAAGUGAAGAAGCUUGAGGUCUCUGUUCUUGUAUUAGGACACAAGCACUCCUCUCCAUUCCUCAACUGCCUGUUUGUGAGGAGCAGUGCAGAUGAAUUUGUGGAGAAAUGCAUCAACAGUUUGGAAUGCCUAACAAUUGGAGUCAAGAAGCAGAGCAAUGGAGUCAGUGGCUAUCUCAUCAGCACCAGAUGGCACAAGAACUUUUGGCUCUUGGCUUAGACUACCUCUAAAUUAAUCACACUCUUAAUCUCCUCUUUUAUUAUAUUAGCAUUAGUAUUAGUAUUCACUAGCAAAUAAUCUUGUAAAAACACUUCUACUUAUCUCUCUAAUCCUACUACAUGUUGGUGGGGGCUUCAGCCCACCCUAGAAAAAAGCAUCAAAAUAUGCUCACAGUGAGCAUUUGCAACAAAACAAAUA